AUGCAGACUCUGCGUGAAAAGAAGACAACACUAACUCAGAUCCUGUCUGCUGAUAUCAGCUUUGUCCUCCAGCAUGUGCAGGAGAAACAACUCAUCACUGACCGUGACUACACAAACCUCAAUGUCCCUUCUCAUAGCUGUGAACAGAUUUCUAUCAACUUACUGGACAAACUGAUGAACAAGGGGGAAGAAACAUGUCAGAAGUUCCUCAGUCUAAUGAAGGAGGCUUUACCAGACUAUCAAGAAGUCACAAAAAAGCUGAAAUCCAGUCUGAAGCAGAAAUAUGAGCGCAUUUUGGAUGGGACUUCCAUAAGAGGCCAUAGAAAGUUUCUGAAUGAUAUCUACACUGAUCUUUACAUAGUGGAGGAUGAGACUGGAGGAGUCAUUCAUGAACAUGAGAUUAUGCAGGCUGAGGCAUCAACAAGGAGACUUACCUCAGGGGAGACUUCAGUCACAUGCAACGACAUUUUCAAAGUCCAGUCUGAUCCAAGUCGAAGAAACAGAAAGGUGUUGACAAUAGGAAUUGCUGGCGUGGGAAAAACUGUCUCGGUGAACAAAUUCAUCUUGGACUGGGCAGAUGGAAAAAACAACCAGGACAUAGAUUUUAUUUUUCCACUCCCCUUUCGAGAGCUUAAUUUAAGGCAAGAUAAAAACUACAGCCUGAUAGAGUUACUUCAUAAAUGUCUUCAAGAUUCUGUUGGACUGAUAUCUCUUCCAGAUGGCGAUGGGAAAGUCAUGUUCAUCUUUGAUGGACUUGAUGAAUGUCGCUUUCCUCUUGGAUUCAAGGAUUUAAAUGAGGAAAUUGAAGAGGAAGAGGAAAACAAAGAAAUCAAUCAGAAAAUGUCAGUGGGCACACUAAUAACAAACUUAAUCAAGGCAAAUCUGCUUCCCUCUGCUCUCAUCUGGAUAACCUCCAGACCAGCAGCAGCCCAUCAGAUCCCUCGAGACUACAUUGACCAGGUGACUGAAGUACAAGGAUUCAGUGAUGAACAAAAGGAAGAGUACUUUAGGAGGUACAACGACAAGGACCAGGAUAUGGAAAAAAUGAUCUCGCACAUAAAGAAAUCAAAGAGCCUCCACAUCAUGUGUCACAUACCAGUCUUCUGCUGGAUAUCAGCCACUGUGCUUCAGCCAAUGCUAUCGAAAAGCACUAGCGAAGAACUCCCCACAACUCUGACUGGGAUGUACAUACAGUUUCUGAUUUUCCAAACAAACCAAAUGAAAAAGAGAUAUAAGGCUGAGCACAUUAUACUGAAGCUUGGAAAGUUGGCCUUCCUUCAGCUGGAGAAGGCCAAUCUGAUGUUCUAUGAGGAAGACCUGAGAGAAUGUGGUAUUGAUGUCAGUGAGGGUUCGGUGUACUCAGGAGUGUGCACACAGAUAUUCAGUCAAGAGCAGGGAGUCUCUGAGAGGAUGGUGUUCAGCUUUGUGCAUCUGAGCAUUCAAGAAUUCCUUGCAGCUUUCUAUGUGUUCCUCUCACAUUGUAACAAUAAAUAUAAUCCAUUUAGACCAAACACAUUCUGGAACAGUGUUAAGUUGCGGCCGGACAGCAGAACUGAAUUACACAGAUGUGCUAUAGACAAGGCCUUAGAGAGUGAGAAUGGACACCUGGAUCUUUUCCUCCGCUUCCUCCUUGGCCUCUCACUGGAGUCCAAUCAGAGACAACUGAAAGAUCUACUGCCACAAACAGCGAUCAGAGCAGAGAGUGUGGAGAAAACAGUCGACUACAUCAAGAAGACACUCAACAAGAACAUUUCAUCAGAGAGGAGCAUCAAUCUCCUCUACUGUCUGAAUGAACUGAAGGAUGACUCCCUUGUGGAUGAAAUCCAAACGUACUUGGACUCAGGACGUCUCUCAACAGAAGUGUUGUCAUCUGCACAGUGGUCAGCUCUGGUCUUCCUGCUACUGAUGUCAGAGGAGACACAAGAAAGAUUUGAGCUGAAGAAAUACCGUGGAUCAGAGGAAGGGUUGAUAAUGCUGCGUCAAGUGCUGAAAAACACCAGACGAGCGCUACUUACCGGCUGUGAACUCUCUUUCGUGUCCUGUAUGGUUGUAGACAAAAUUCUACAGUCAGCAAACUGCCCCCUGAGAGAGCUGGACCUGAGUAACAACAGCCUUUUUGAUUCUGGAGUGGUUAAGCUUAGUGUGGGACUGAAGAAUCCACACUGUAAAUUGGAGAUACUGAGACUUGCUGACUGUAGAAUUGGUCAACGUUCCUGUGAGAUAAUUAACAUAUUUCUACAGUCAGCAAACUGCUCCCUGAGAGAACUGGACCUGAGUUACAAUCACCUUCACGAUUCCGGAGUGAAGCUGCUCUCUGCUGGACUGGAAAAUCCAAACUGUAGACUGGAGAUAUUGAGACUCGCCGGCUGUAAACUCACUGAACAGUCCUGUGAAGCUGUAGCCUCAGUUCUACAGUCAGUAAACUGUCCCCUGAGAGAACUGGACCUGAGUAACAAUGACCUUCAGGAUUCAGGAGUGAAUCUACUGUGUGCUGGACUGAAUCCACACUGUAAAUUGGAGAUACUGAGACUUGCUGGUUGUAAACUCACUGAACAGUCUUGUGAAGCUGUAGCCUCAGUUCUACAGUCAGUAAACUGUCCCCUGAGAGAACUGGACCUGAGUAACAAUGACCUUCAGGAUUCAGGAGUGAAGUCACUCUGUGUUGGAUUGAGGAAUCCACACUGUAAACUGGAGAUACUCAGACUUGUUGGCUGUAAACUCACUGAACAGUCCUGUGAAGCUGUAGCCUCAGUUCUACAGUCAGUAAACUGUCCCCUGAGAGAACUGGACCUGAGUAACAAUGACCUUCAUGAUACAGGAGUGAAGCUGCUCUCUGCUGGACUGAAGAAUCCGCACUGUAAACUGGAGACACUGAGGUUGUCUAGCUGUUUAGUGACAGAGGAAGGCUGUUCUUUACUGGCUUCAGCUCUGAGUUCAAACCCCUCACACCUGAGAGAACUGGAUCUGAGCUACAAUCAAACAGGAGACUCAGGAGUGAAGCUGCUCUCUGCUAGACUGAAAGAUCCACACUGUAAACUGGACACACUUAAUGUGGAUCACGCAGAUCUCACACUGGAUCCAAAUACAGCACACACUCGUCUCUCUCUGUCUGAGGGGAACAGAAAGGUGACACAUGUGGAAAAGGAACAGUCAUAUCCUGAUCAUCCUGAUAGAUUUGAUCGCUGCUCUCAGGUUUUGUGUAGAGAGAAUCUGGCUGGACUCUGUUACUGGGAGGCUGAGUGGAGUGGAGCUGUUGUUAUAGCAGUGACAUAUAAAGGAAUCAGGAGAAAAGGAUGGAGUGAUGACUGUUUGUUUGGAUGCAGUGAAAAUUCCUGGAGUCUGCUCUGCUCUAAUAACAGAUUCAGUGUCAGACACAACAAUCACACCACUUAUAUACCUGUUCCCUCUUCAGAAUUUCGCAGAGUAGGAGUGUAUCUGGACUGUCCGGCCAGAACCCUGUCCUUUUACCGCGUCUCCUCUGUCACACACACACUCACACACAUACACACAUUCCACUGCACAUUCACUGAGCCUCUCUAUGCAGGGUUUAGUGUAUAUUCUAACUCCUCAGUGUCUCUGUUGUCUCUGUGUCAGAAAGGAUAG